UCGGCACCGACGCGACAGAUUGACCUGUUCCUCCGUGCGUUCAACAUCUCCAGCUAAGGUCUGUGUCGGAUUUGGCUCCUGUGGAUCACGCGCUGUUCCCUAAUCGGUGUAUAUCGUACCGGCCAGUGUCUUUUCGUGGAGAGAUCAACUAUACAUAGGAGAAAAUUGGGAUUGGCGCUUCAGUUUGCAGUGGACAGUGAUUUGAUCAACAUGGCUGAAACGGACUAUUGGGGUCUUGCGAGAACUAAUGGACUAAACUGCACACCACCUGCGAUAGAAGAUUUCCCGCCCGACCUGUUCACGGUGGAGCAGCGACAGAACGGGGCGAUAGUUUUACACGCAAUUGCUAGUUUAUAUUUAUUUGUAGCUUUGGCUGUAGUAUGUGAUAAGUAUUUUGUACCUGCCGUCGAAAAAAUAUGCCACGCGCUAAACAUGUCGAACGAUGUGGCCGGGGCGACUUUUAUGGCAGCGGCGACGUCGGCACCGGAGCUGUUUGUCAACGUAAUCGGAACGUUCAUCACCGAGGGGGACAUCGGUGUUGGCACCAUCGUGGGGUCUGCCGUAUUCAAUAUUCUAGCGGUGGCUGCCUGCUGCGGGAUCGGUGCCGGGAUGGUAGUUCCACUCGAUUGGUGGCCACUGACGAGGGAUUGCCUGGCGUACGGCAUCACGGUGGCAAUACUGAUAUGUAUCAUACACGACGAACGGGUCGAAUGGUAUGAAGCACUGAUACUGGUGCUGCUGUACAUUGUGUACAUUGCUGUUAUGUAUUACGACAAGGCGUUUCAAAAAUGUGCACGAGAUGGAGUGAAGCACGCUCGCAGUCGAAGAUCGCACGAUGUAUUUAGUAGUAUGAAAUCAAUCUCCAGCAGAGAACAAGAGGCAGUUGAAGCGCAUCUUCCGCUACGUAUCAGUCACUUCCAGCAGAAUGGCAAUUUGAAGAACGUUACCCAUAUCGACUCGAGCAACAAUGAAUUGACGUCAUCGGACCUGGAGAUGCAAAUUAAAGCGAUCAGUGUCAGCGGGGGAGGCGGCGUCGUUACGGCAGCUCCCGGGGUGGCCCUGGCAGCGGCAACCGUACUCAGUGAUCAGCAGCAGAAUUCGCAGCAACAAAAUAAACAUCGUCACAGCGUUGGUAGCUCGAAUGAAGCUGCCAGUGUGGAAGAUACCGAUCAGCCACCGCCACCACCAAGUCCUACGACGCCGCCUCUUUCGUCAAACAGUGCCGAAUCUGUCAAGCAGUCGCUGAACGGAAAUGAAUCCGGUAAGGACUCGAUGGCCGCGGAAAAUGAAUCCGGUAAGGACUCGAUGGCCGCGGAAAAUGGUACGAUGGGAUCGGAUCCAAGCGACGACGAUGAAAAGGAGGAAGAGUUUCAACUGCUCAAGUAUCCCGCGAAGCAGAGCAAAUUUCGACAGUUCUCGUGGAUAAUCACGUGGCCCAUCUAUCUGUUGUUUGUGUUUACGAUUCCAAACUGUGAGAAACCGCGGUUCAAGAACUGGUUCCCAUUGACAUUUAUCAUGUGCAUCGUUUGGAUUGGCUCUCUAUCGUAUGUGGUUGCUUGGAUGAUAACUAUCAUUGGUGACACGCUCAAGAUACCGGACUCGGUGAUGGGAAUCACAUUUUUGGCGGCGGGUACCAGCGUGCCUGAGGCGGUUUCGAGCGUAAUAGUCGCAAAACAGGGACACGGCUCUAUGGGUAUUAGCAACUCUAUCGGAUCGAACACGUUUGAUAUUCUGCUCUGCCUAGGAUUGCCAUGGUUCAUCAAAGCUGCCUUUUCACCGAUUCAACCGGGUCAUCACUGGGUCGGUAUCAAUUCAGCUGGUUUAGAAUACUCUGCCAUUUCGUUGCUGUCGACGCUACUGAUGCUCUAUGUGGCUUUCUCUUGGAACAAAUUCAAGCUGGAUCGACGGGUUGGCAAUGCCUGCCUGAUCAUGUAUGCAGUCUUUUUGAUACUGGCCAGUUUGAUCGAGUUGAACGUAUUUUUCCCGGUGAAUCUGCCCACUUGUGUACGGUGAAUUACUGCUGUAGGAACGUUGGAUUUGAUGGACUUUGCUGUAAAUUUUCCGUCGUUCGUGUUAUAUCUUGAUCUGAAUCUCUUAGGAAUUUUCCUCAUGACAUUAACGUAAUUAUUGCACAAUACCCAUUGAUAAACAUUCACGAUCAUAGUCGAUAAGCUCUCCGACAGUUAAAUCGUAAUCGGACCAAGAUAUCUAACGAACAACGGUUUAUUAUUGUUUUUAACGCACUGCAGUGCGUACUAAAGAGCGAUCCAACAAUGCGAUGUUGCGUGCAUGUGUCAUGCGGUUGUCAUUCGAGCGGUCCAUUCAUAACUACUGUUGCUGCUGUUGUUGUUGGUUAAGCGUGAGGUUCGAAUUUUGACGACGCCUCACUGAUUAGUCGAAUAAACUGCAUUUUGAUAAGAGAAUACCCUGCACAAGUCACUCUGACUUGUUCGCAGCAAGCAAGAAUUUUAUUGUUGUUAGAUCAAAGAGCUUACCAGUGGUUGAUAAUAUCGAUUUUAUUUGACUUAAAGCCUACUGUAAACUCAGUACCAAAGUGAUGCAAAAAAUAUCCAAAUAAAUUGCUAUGAUAGGACAAAAUGUUGUAAUACAUAUACUAGAGAAGUUACAUUCACCGUAACAAACGUUAUAUUGCAAAAAUAAGAUUUAGUUAAUGGAAGAACACAUCAUUCUAAGUCCUUAGUGUAAAAACAGGUUGCAAAAUAGUAGAGGUGAUGCAGGUGGCGACUCGAUCACGUUCAGUUUUAGUCGAAUUUUACGCAAGCUAAUGAAUAAAAUGAGUGACAUACAUUUUCUUCCUCACAAUUGUAAAUAUUCGUGUAUUUUUGAUGAAAACUUGGACUAUUAGAAUAAAGAAUUACCGAUUAA